AUGGUCAAGAUAGCGCCGCCGCGGAUGGACGAUUACGGUCGCAUUCAGAUAGCAUCUAAAGCCUCAGGCGCAUCCAAGGUCAAUCAGGCGGCUCAGGCAGCUGACACCGGUGGAAUGGAUAGCCAGGGUAGCGCCUGGACUGUCUGGGGCGCUGAGGAGGCUAGGAGCCCAGGAGGGCUGGGAGGGAUGGACACGACUGAGCACACCAGGGCCAGGGCGCAGGCGCGCAGGAAGCAGGACAGGGGAAGAGAACUGUGGAAGGAUGGGAUGUGUGGGACGUCAGGAAAAGGUAGGAUGAGCACGGUGGUGUUUGACUAA